AUGUUUGCCGACCACUCGCUUCUCACCCAGUCACUUCUCAAGAAACUGGAAGAAUUGGGUGCGGAGGUCUCCUCGAUUCGGGCUGACCUUGAUGCCCAAAUCGUUUCGCAAUCGCCAUCGACGCGUCCAGUAAGCUAUGAUGGUAGUAGUGAGGAUAACCACGAAAAUCAGCCAUGGACACAGAUCCAGAGUAAGCUUGAUGACGUCGAAAAAUCUAUCAAGCGGCUCGGUCACAUCGUGUCAGGGAUUGCCAGCAACACUCAGAUCGAUCCAUCACAUAGACUGGAAGUUGAACCUGCAAAAGCGGGGACGUCAUCGACAUCACGAUGCCGGAGUCAAGAUGUACCGACCAACCUUGAGCCCCAGUUGACUCCCGAUACGCGAUACCGGCCGCCUCUUAGUUUCGAUUUCAAUCUACAAGACGAGCAUACAACGACGUCCCACCGUCCAACACUACAACGCCAGCGCAGCACGAAUGUUGUUGAUAAGAUACAGCCGUCAAGUCCAGUAUCUACCCCGGACUCUGAAGGUUGGACUUCGGGCUUCCCUGCGGAGAGCGACGAUCUCACCCAUAUACAAGACUCCCGAAAGCCAGACACGCUGGGUUCGACGCCACCUUACUGCCCGACACCGUGCAGCUCCUCAGAGGCAACAAUAUCGGCUGAGGAAAUGAUGACGGGGCUGGUCUCGAAGCUUACAGAAUUGCAAACAAAAGAUGCUCCACAAAAAAUGACAGUAGCAUUGAAUGAUAUCAGCCUGGCCGAAAUGCAACAGCAUAUUGAUAUACACGAUAGUGGCUGGCAAUACACAAGCAUCAAAUAUAAGCGUGGGCCAAAAGGCAAGGGUUUCUUGAAAGCGCACUCAUCAAGCGAAAGGCCUGUUCUCGACUGGUCUGAAUUUUCGACCAGAGUGAGGAGACCGACCUUUGAAGAGGCCAGUCAAAUUUUUGAGGACGUUGUUGCUAGCCCCCCUAGUAGCAAUGUGCCCUAUAUUACUGGUCAUGUCAAGUUUCCCUCUCUCAAACCACUUGACCCUGGUUCACGUAUCACGAACGACCAGGCUCUUCAGGAUCUGCACUCCGAGUAUCAUCAUAUUGGCUUCAAUCUUUCUGCUCAGCGAAUGCAUUGUGAGGACAGGACAUACCGAGAAGGAUCCGUUUAUCAUGGCUUCCGAUCCUACAACGAGGUCUAUGCCGGACCUGGGUUCAAGUUAUGGUUAGUUGUUGCAAAUCACCAUAUCUCUAAAUUUGAGGAUUUCUUUGAGCAGAGCUUCAGCUGCGGUACAUGCAAUCAGAGAUACGGGCAUGAAUCGGUUCUUCUUGCACCUUCACGACUUGAGGAGGAGGGAAUUGACUUCUCAAUUGAGAUCAUUGGACGCGGAGAAGCCUUUAGGACAUUGCCAGGGCAACCACACCAAAUCAUCAAUUACGGCGCCUGUGCUGCACGAUCCGUAAAUUAUUUACAUGAUGAUGAAGAGUUCUCACCCGAAAAGGCGUCCUGCUGUUGCAAAUGCGGAGUGUCUGAGAAUUAUGGCAACUCUCUUGUUCCCGCUCCUCCGGAGCUCGUCGAGCCUGUGCGAAAGCCUCUACCGAGCAAGAGGCAACACCCGCAUCCUGCUCAACCUCCAAAAGCAACACGUGCUUGCACCGAGGUACUUAAGCGGCUACAGGAUGAUAUCGAUAGGGCUAAAACGGCUGAUCCACAUUGCAACAUUCCAUAUCUUAAUAAGACCUACUUGUCGGUUACGCAGGUGGACGUCGUCUUGAGGGCUGCGUCCAUUCGAAGUAAAGUUGCUAUGAACCAACUAUCAUCAUUAACCUAUGAGCUUUUACACAAGAGACAAUCCGAGACCUAUGAUGACAAUCAGGGAGAGGUCACUAUCGAUCGGCAAAUCAUGUACUUGAAGGAAAAGGUUGGGCAGUCAAUCUUAGCAAGCUAUCUUGUCCGACACGCCCAGUUAUGCCUGGCCCGGGUAGUUGAUAGGCAAACGAAGAGUCAAAAUCGCAAGGCUGCGAGUCCUAGUGACCUUGACCGCCGAGCAAGACAGCUUGGGAUCAACAACAUCAAUCAUCAUCUUCAAGAAGGACGGAAUUGGAUCAUAGUGUGCGGAUCCUAUGAAGGACUUCAUCCACUCAUUCUGCUAGGGUCUAAAAUAUUGGGCAACAAGCUUGUAAGUUCCAAGGAUGGUUUUGGUGUUACCAAUAAGAGCUGGCACACGCUCAGAGACGACCAUCUUGCAGCUUUUCACAGUCUAAUGGAUGAUUCAUUUGCGCACAAACUUGCCAUUGCUGGAAAACUCUUUCUCGACCUGCUGAACAGGUUGAUCCAGCCAGUCACAAACUGGGAACAGAUUCUCAGCAAUGUGGUCAACUCGGAGGACCUUGAAGAAUCUAUCGACUUGUAUACUACAAUUAAGUCAGCUUGA